CAUUUUUGUGCGUUGUAAGCCCUCGCCUUGCUCAACUGCGAAACCCACCCCUUCCAUCCGCAUCCGUAGCCACCACAGUAGUACCGAGUACUCUGGCACGAGCCUGUACCUCUUAAACCUUGGGAAGUCCCGUUUGGUCGCUAUGCAAUCGCCUUGAUCCCAAGCCUCGAGACCACCGAGAAAUCUGCACAGCAGCUCCCCCGUUGACAGGAUGCCCGCAUGGCUUCCCUCCGUUCCAUAUCCCCCGCCAGGCCAGCCGGGAUACUGGCAUCCCGUCACGAGCACUCUACAGUGGUGUGAAGAGGACUACUAUGCCACCUACUACUCUGCCGAGAUCAUCAACACUCUGACCAACCUGAUGUUUAUCUACCUGGCAUACAAGGGCGUUCAGAGCUGCAGAAAACAUGGUCACGAUACUGUAUUCCAAGUCGCAUAUUUUGGAUAUUUCCUUGUUGGAUUCGGAAGCUUCAUGUUCCACACCACGUUGAAAUAUCCGUGGCAACUCGUCGACGAGCUCAACAUGAUCUACACCACCUGUCUCAUGGCCUUUGCCUCUCUGUCCUACUCGCAACCUAAAAAGACACAAAUCUAUCUUGGCGUCUUCUUAGUGUUAUUCUGUGCCUUCAUUACCGCCUAUUAUCACUACCUUCAAGAUCCCGCCUUCCACCAAAUUGUCUACGCGCUUUUGACCGUCUUCAUCGUCGUCCGCAGCGUCUACAGCAUGGAAACGAGUCUGCGACCUUCCUUGAGGAAGUCGGAAGAAAAACACCGUCUGGAACGAGAAAGAUCGGGCCUGCCAGUUGAGGUUUCGAGAGAACAACAAGAGUAUGAGAAUAAAAGAGACCUGGAAAUACUGAGGACCAUGUGGUGCCUUGUGGCGUUUGGGGUGAGCAUCUUCCUUGGCGGCUUCUACAUCUGGAAUCUGGACAAUCAGUACUGUUCCACCCUGAUCCGUUGGAGGCGGAACAUCGGCAUGCCGUGGGGCUUCUUCCUUGAGGGGCAUGGCUGGUGGCAUCUCAUGACCGGGGUCGGGGCUUAUUGCUAUAUUGUCUGGGGCAUACAUCUGCGACACAUUCUGAACGGAGAUCAAGAACACUUCCAGAUGAUCUGGCCCAACUUCUUCACGCUGCCGGAAAUCGUGCGAGUUUCAGAUCCGCCGAGAGAUGGCAGCAAAGAGGCCAACGGUACUAUCGCUCUCAACGGGAGUGCCAAUGGGAGUGCCCAUAGGACGGCCAACGGGAGUGCGAACGGAAGUGCGAACGGGAGUGCAAAUGGACAUAUCAAAAAGAGAAAUUGAGAUUUACGAACAUGUUAGGAUACGAAAAUGGAAGACUUUGUUGGCUUAGACA